CCUUGAUGAUUUCUUAUAAAGUAUAACAUUGUGCCAUAACAUCAUCACAAUAGACAUUAAGCAUAAUAUUAUAAAAAUCCCUUGAAACCCGGCAAGAUCCGAGGCGUAAUACUGCUGGAGACCUACAAGCAAGGCUGCUCGCAUUGGUGGCCGGCAACCCGCAUCGACAGCUAAAUGUGACGAGCCUUAUAGAGUCUAAAAGGAACGCAGGGUGAUUAAUGGACCGUGAUAAGGGGAAAUGAUUCGAAAUUCUGUUCUUCCCUUUUCUUGCGAUCUAUCGACUGGACCAUAUUCGGACCCGAAAGAAGAGGCAGGAGCCCUUCGUGAGAAGGAUAUAUCGCAAAGCAAAGGACACGCUCGGCACAAUCUCUCAUGUCAUUAACCCUCUAAAAAAUGGAAAGAAUGGUGGUACUGCGGCUUCAAGCAUGGCGAACUACGGACAUGAGACAGUCUCGGCGCGAAUAGUUCCAACAAACGAUUACCAUGUGACAGGAAGUCCGUUGACAGGAUGCUCGCCGGUACCAAAACACUACCAGCGGUGAGAAUAUAAUGGCGGCAAGAAUACCCAUACGCCAACAAGACAAAUAGAUUCCAAGUUGGCUUUUGCGACGACGUCGGUGCUCGCUAUGAACUUCUGCGCGGUGGUGAGGUCACACAGUUUCGUGGUGUUAUUUUAUGUGCUAGUGGCGAAAAUAGCCUCUGGGGUAAUAUGUUGUAAAAUAAAUUAGACAAUAAGCCGGGCUUGGUCAUUGUCGACUGAGUGAAACUAGACAUGAUACCAAAUUCACCUUGAUAAUGAGCAGCUCGUUGGAGAGUCAUGAUUUUGGAAAGAUGGUUACGAUACAGAAGAUAGCUGCGAGAUACCUCAAGCAGAGGAAUGGAUGCUGAUCAACCUCUCAAAAGUCAGCGGAAGCCAAGGGCAAUUAGAACGGCCUCCAGUUAAACGGGUCUUCUCCGUUGCGUUUUGUAGUGUAAUUGAUGCAAUAAGGAACGAAUCCUGCCUUGUUAGACGCUCAUCGACGACAAGUGCCUACAAUCCUAGCCAAAAAAAAGUUCUCAUCAUGAAACGGUGAGCCACGUUUGUUGGUGGUGCUUCUCACCACCAACAAACGUGGCUCCCGCUGGCAGCUGCGCCUGCUUUCCAAUCUUGAUUACAGCGACAGAAAACAGGUCCAUUUUCUUCAUCGUAUUUCUUUGUUCUUGAUAUUUUCUCGAGGUCCAGCGAGCACCGACUGGUAUUUGUAGUCCCGUCAACCUCAAUCCCUUAAUUCUCACAUCCCCCACAAGGCUGACACCAAACCUCCCCGCCCCAUGUUAGUAACCCACAAAACCUCAGCCUCGCCCCUCGCGUUUCGCGCCCAUAAACACCAUCACCAGAAACGUUGACCAUCACCAGAACUCCCAAGCCGACUUCACCUCUCUCACACACUAUCCACAAACCGAACAAUCACGAUCGCAGCCCCCAGACCAACAAUAUCCACCAGGUCUCUCGGCCGCGCCACAAAAUGCCAACCGCAGCCACCGACCCCUCCCUCCCCACCGAAGCACAAGACCCUUCGCCCUCCGAACCACAGGCCGUCCCCCCAAUCGAACCCGGGCCCCGCGCCCGCGCCCUCCUAACCCUCCAUGACGCCGCCCUCUCCUCGACCCUCUCCGCCCUCCCCGCCCCCACCUUCCUCGCCUGCUUCCCCCUCCUGUCGACCCUCGCGCCCGACGCACUACGCGCCGUGCAUGCCCAGAUGGUCGAUCGGCUGCGCGAGGCGGCGCGUGCCGAUUUUGGGGCUAUACUUGAGGAGCGGGGGGUGCUUGGUAGGUUGAACGAGUUGGAGGUUUUGAUUGGGGAGGCGAGGGGGAGGAGGGAACGGGGGGGGGGAGGGGAGGGGGGUGGGGAAUGUUGCGUAAGUUUUGCGAUGGAGUGGAGUGGAUGGGGAUUGAUGGGGAUUGAUGGGGAUUAUGGGCUAAUGUUGUUGUUGUGUAGACCGCAUUUACUGCCGCCGGCGGACUUAUUGGCGGCGCAUCUUGGGCCUAGUUUGGUGGCGGCGCAGGGACGGUUGAAUGCAAAGGAGCAGACGCUGGAGAGUGUGAAUGCGGAGUUGUAUGAGGUGGUGAAGGGGCAGUGGGAUGAGAUUGAGGGGUUGGUUGCGGGGGUGGAGGGGAUUGUGAGGGAUUUGGAGAGUGCGGGGGGUGAGAUGAGUGGGGUUGAGAGGGGGUAG